AUGGCAUCCACUCCCCUCAUCCUGACCCUCACCGUCCUGACCGCAACAAUCCUCAUCCUCCUCCUCCUCUGGGUCUUUAUCCGGUACACCAAAGACCGGCGCACGCGCGCACACUCACGUUCCCACUCUGCGGACCCGCAUCUCCACCUCGCUCAGCAUGCUGCCUAUGCUCCGGACGACGCGGAGAGCAACGUCCAUCUGCACUGCCAGUAUCAGCCCCAGGGCGCCCUGCAAGCUGCCGGCGGUGGUGUUGAACUUAAGACCGUGACGAGCGGGGAGGACGGGGAGAGGGCGGAGGCUUGGCUUAAGAGGGGCGCUAGUCGGGAUGAUGUUCGCACAGUUGGUGGGGAGGGCGGGGAGGGGCGGGGGGGAAGUAGAUGUUAA